UUCGGCGAUCCCCAAUGACAACGAGGUCGAGGCCACGGACGUCGACGGUACCUUCCGCUGGGCCCGAUGCCGCGUUUGGCACAUGCAGGGACGUGGAUGAGUUCGAGAAACUCAAUCGCAUUGGAGAAGGAACGUAUGGGACUGUGUAUCGAGCUCGUGACAAGGUGUCGGGUGAGAUCGUUGCCCUCAAGCGGGUCAUCCUCCACAACGAAAAGCAGGACGGCGUACGUGCCACAACCGCCCGCCUCCCUCCCUCACCACGUUCUUGUUCGCUAUGGUAGUUUCCUAUCACAGCCAUCCGCGAAAUCAAAUUGCUCAAACGCCUAUGCCAGGAGAACUGCGUGCAGCUCAAAGAUGUCGUGGUUGGGCGUAAGCGCUCGGGGUACCCCACCUCCUGCACUUGUCGCGCCUCUCAUGUGUCUUCCAGCGUGUUUUUAGUGUUUGAGUACUGUGAACACGACUUGUCGGCACUCAUGAGCAAUGUCGACUGCCCAUUCUCUGAAUCUGAGGUCAAACGAGUCCUCAUGGAGCUCUUGAGCGCCGUGGAGUAUCUCCAUUCCAUGAACAUCAUCCACAGAGACCUGAAGCUCUCCAACAUCUUGUACGAUGGGUUUGGGCGAGUAAAACUGGCCGACUUUGGGCUCGCGAGGGAAACAGGGUUUCCAUUACCAAGCAACAUGACCCCCAAGGUCGUCACGUUGUGGUACCGCGCUCCGGAGCUGCUCCUGGGUGCCGAGUCGUACUCGCCAUCGAUAGACAUUUGGGCGUGCGGGUGCAUCUUUGGCGAGCUCAUUCUGAAUCGCCCACUGAUGAAUGGCUCCACCGAUUUGGAGCAGCUGCAGCUGAUCUACAAGACGCUGGGCCGACCGACCGACCGCAUUUGGCCGGGCAUGUCGAAUUUGCCGCACGCGGCCAAGCUCCAGUUCGACUCUUCGCCCUACCUGUACAACCAUAUUCCCAAGCUGUUUGAAACGCACUUGUCGGCUGCAGUACGACGGGUUUUCUCCACCAGGUGCAGCUCACUCCGGUCCAUUUCUUUGCAGGGCCUGGAUCUUCUGCAGCGCAUGCUCGCGUACGACCCAGCCAAGCGCAUCACGGCGUCGAAUGCGCUGCGCCACCCGUACUUCGACGAGCGGCCGUUCCCAAAAGACGUCGGGAUGAUGCCGACGUUUCCGUCGCAGCACAACAACAUGCAGCUGCAUCGCCCGGCAUCCGGUCCAGUCCGAAUCGACCACCAAUUUGGGCAGGCGUUUGGAGGUCCAGUGGGCGACGCCUCUAAGAAACGAAAGAUCUUGUGACGAGUU